AUGUUUGAUUUUUUAUUUCGUUUGAAGAACAAUGGACAAUCUAUUGAAAACACAACAGACGACGGACAAAACCGACAAGUUAUUGGAACGGAUGACGACUCCGAAACCAUGUUCCAGAGAGGGUUCACGAGAAGGAUCGGUCGACUUGGUGAAACCGUUGAAAGGCAAUCAAAUGACGUUGUCAGUAACGAGUCCUGUGAAGAAAUCUCGUCCCCCGAUCAAGAAACAGACUUUUGCGAAACGUCAACAGUCGGCGAAAGCAGCUGUGAUGAGGAAGUACGAGCGGGAAACAAGUCGGGUGUCGAUCAGUCCGGAUAUGGAAUGUGGUCAGCGGUUUCGGAUGUCUCCUCCGCCUCCUCAGACAGUGUCUCAGAGAGAUCCGUCCAGAGGAUGGCCAGAAGACUUGAUCGACUUACGAGAAAAAGUAUUGCACCGUACUCGAGACGAAGCGGUGGAAAUAAUCCAACGGGAACUGCCGUACGAUUCUUCAAUGAUGGCGACAGUCGCCAAACUGCUUUAUUUUCUCAACGAAACCGAGCACAGAAUUCCAACCGCUGUUUACGUAUUAAUCCUGUGGCUUCUGUCGGACGACUGGAAUAUCAUGAUUCCAAAAACUUGGUUGGCAUCCACGGUUCCGUCAACAAUAACUCAAAUCGAACUAGACGACACUACCGAGCCGUUUGGAGCGAUCAUGAGUUUAUUGUUGGCCAAAACGUGGAAGCGUAUGACCAAGCACUGGAGGAAUAUUCCAGUAGAAUCUUUGCUACGAGUUCUUCAGACGGACGAACUCGUUACAGGUCAUGGGUUCUCGUGCCUGUUGGACCUGGAGCAAUUCGCCGAUCAACUGAUGAGCUCGCAAACAUGGUCCAACGUUUUGACAGAGCCAGCAGGCGGUCCGACUCCACAAUUAUCGUCUCGACGCACGACGACCACAUCCACGUUGCGCACACCUGUCCAAAUACAAACGGAGCUUGUCGGUGUGCGUGGUGGAAAGCGUCAUCGUUCUCCGGACGUUUCCUCAGACGCCGAAGCGGAGUGUCUCAUCUCCAGAAAAGCGAUUGGCAGGCAAUCCUGGGAUAUUUUAGUGGACAAGGAAGGUCUGUCGUCCUCCUUGUCAUUGGAGGUCGACCCGUUAGACCUCUGCUACGAGUUGAGACUGUAUCGUCGGCAGGAUAUACGAAAUGUGGAGAAAAAGGAGUUGUGGAAGCAUGCGAUUCUUCAUUUGAAGGGGACAUGCCUCCAGAACUCCGAAGAUCACAACUACUUACGAAAACUGAAGAAAGCAACUCUGAGGCAAAUCAAGUCAUAACCUCGAAAGAAGUUAAAGAAGCCAAAUAUUUUGCUAUUCUUGCAGAUGAGACAAAAGACGUGAGCAAAACUGAGCAGUUAUCUAUUAUGGUUCGUUAUUAUCAUAAUAACACAAUGAAUGAACGAUUUUUAGGGUAUGUUCCUUGUAAUGAAUUAAAUGCGAAGGCUCUUUUUGAUUACAUAAAUAAAACACUGUCAGACUGUGGAAUAAAUAUUAAAAACUGUAUAGCUCAAACUUAUGACGGUGCAAAUGUAAUGAGUGGUAAACAAAACGGGGUUAGGUCAAUUUUUCAACAGCAUGUUCCUCAAGCACUUUACACACAUUGUUUUAAUCAUAGAUUAAAUUUAGUAAUUGUUGAUGUAUGUAAAAAUAUACCUGAAAUAGAAAAAUUUAUUACUCUACUUCAACAAUUGUACAACUUUAUUAGUAGGUCAACUGUUCAUAUUAAAUUCAUAGAACUUCAAAAUAAAUUAUUACCGAAAAAACAAAUUAUGGAACUAAAAAGGAUUUGUGAAACUCGAUGGAUAUGUCAAAUUUCUGCUUGUAUCGCUGUAAAAAAAACAUUUCCUGUGAUAUUACUUUUAUUACAUCAAAUAAGCCUAGAAUCCAAGAGUGAAAAAGAAAUGGAAGCUAAAUCACUAUUAUUUCACAUUAAUUUUGAAUUUAUAUUUUGUCUCUACUUAUUUUGUGACACAUUUAGUGAGAUAAAAAUUGUGUUAGAUUAUUUACAAAAACCAGAUUCAGAUUUGGGUUCUAGCUGUCUACUAGUAGAAUCAUUAAUUAAUUACCUUAUGGAAUUUAGAAACACCUCAAACAAGUUUGAAGAUCUUUUGACAGAAGUGGAAUUAUGUGCACAAAAAAAUAAUAUUCAACUUCCUAAUGAAACAGUUAAAGAAACAAGGAUUCGCAAACUUCCUAAACAAUUUUCAUCAUAUAUAACUGAAGUAACAACUUCUGAAAGUAGAAAAAUUAGUAAUAAUAACGAUAUAGAAACAAUGAUAUUUUUUCCAGUCCUUGAUAGAAUGGUUAGUGAACUCAAUAGAAGAUUUUCAGAUCAUAGUGAAAUUUUAACAGGUAUCAGCGCCCUUAUCCCAAAAUGUGACACAUUUUUAAAUUUUACAAAUAUCAAACCGUUAGCUGAACACUAUAAAUUAGACAUAGAAAGCUUAGAAUCAGAACUAACACUAAUUACAAAACUGAUUAAGCGACAUGAAGCUGAAAACGGUAUUCAGAUAAAAACAAUUCUUGAUUUUAUGCAGUUACUUGAAAAAUAUAAAUUAGCGUUUUCUGAAAUGUAUAUACUCUGUAUUAUUUCUAUUAUCAUUCGACCAUCUAGUGCUGGAGUUGAAAGAACUUUCUCCAGUUUAAGACAAAUUAAAAAUUACAUGAGAAAUAAAAUGACUAAUAAAAGGCUUUCAAAUAUAGCAAUUUUAUCUAUAGAAAAAAAAAUUGCUAAGAAUUUAGAUUUGGAAGUUGUUGUGGAUAAAUUUGCAGCUAUUCACAAAAACCGAAGAAUAUUAUUAACUUGA